CAACUCCAUUUCGACCCGGACACUGUGUUGAAUUCACCACCAACGUAUUAUCUGUCGCUUGUGACGCACACUGCUGGCGUAACGAUUUGUUGUCUUGCAGAUUUCCAAAUAACGCAGUAAGCGAGGACUCUGGAAUCCAUCCGCCCUCCCACCCAAACACAAUGACUGCCAUGGAAACAGAAAGCUCGGAAACCGUCGUAACCAAGGCGCUUUCCUCUACCGGACCAGACAUCGACGAAGUCGUUAUUCAUCCGCUGGUUUUGCUGAGCGUCGCUGAUCACUAUCACCGGGUAGCAAGAGGUACACGAAAACGCGUCGUUGGCGUUUUGUUGGGGCAGUCACAUCGUGGGAAAAUCGAUGUAUUGAAUUCGUUCGCCCUUCCUUUUGAAGAAGACAUUCGAAACCCGUCCGUCUUCUAUUUCGAUCACAACUUUCUCGAGGAAAUGAUUCGUCUAUUCCGUAAAGUCAACACCAAGGAAACUAUCGUCGGGUUUUACUCCACAGGCCCCUCAAUCCGACCCAACGAUCUACGAAUUCACGAUAUUUGCAAACGGUACGUUCGCAUCCCCAUCUUUUGUAUCAUCGAUAUUCGCCCGGAUCGUCAAGAGCUUCCCGUCAAGGCCUACAAGGUAGUGGAACAGGUACACCACGCCGGACAGGCUGUCACGCGACAGUUCGAUCACGUUAGUACGCAAAUGGGUGCCAUGGAAGCGGAAGAAAUCGGCGUUGCGCAUUUGUUGCGGGACAUCAACGACCCCACCGUCAGUACGGUCAUGAGUUUGAUUCAGGGCAAGCUCAAUGGUUUGCAAUCCUUGACGGAAAAAUUGUUGACCGCCAAGAAAUAUUUGCAGGCCUGUGCGGAGGGAAAGUGCAAAGUGAAUACCGAAAUUGUGGAUCACUUGCAAACGAUUGUCUCCCUGCUGCCGAAUUUAAAUACUCCCGAUCUGGUGCACGCUAUGAUUGUCAAGACGAACGAUAUGCACAUGGCGGUUUACUUGGCGUCCUUAAUUCGAUCAGUGAUUGCCCUACACGACCUUGUGAACAACAAGAUUCGCUACGGAGAAGAUGGCAUGCAAGACAACGACGAAGCGCUCGCGCAAGAGGAAGAAAAGAAAGAGGAGGAGAAGCUCAAGGAUACUGGAAACAAGAAAGACGGAGGGAAAUAACUAUUUACUUACCGUCAAAUAAUGUAAACGUUGUAGCAGGCUCUUACCGUUUGAGCCAUGCCAAUGC